AAGACAUUCACAUUUUUAUUUACAAUAUACUACAGUGAUCGAAGCAAUCGAAAUGGCCCCCAAGAAGGACGAGAAGGUCGCUGCCCCCGCCCCUGAGGCCGCUGAGCCCAAGGCUGACGCUAAGCCUAAGGCUGCUAAGGCUCCGAAGAAGGAGAAGGCUCCCGUUAAGAAGACCGUGAAGAAGGAGGCUGCCGAGGGUGGUGCUGAUGUCGCUGAGAAGACCAAGAAGAAGGUGAAGGUGUCGAAGGCGGAGACCUACAAGCUGUACAUCUACAAGGUGCUGAAGCAGGUCCACCCGGACACCGGUAUCAGCAGCAAGGCCAUGUCCAUCAUGACAUCCUUGGUCACGGACCUGUUCGACCGCAUUGCCACGGAGGCUAGCAAGCUCAGCAAGUACAACAAGAAGCCCACGCUGACGUCGCGCGAAAUUCAGACUGCCGUUCGCCUGGUGCUGCCGGGCGAGCUCGCCAAGCAUGCCGUGUCCGAGGGCACCAAGGCCGUCACCAAGUUCACGUCCGCUUAAGUGCAUGCCAAUUGCAGUUCAAAAAACACGGUGUUUUUCAACACCACCUUUAUCAGGACUGUCCAACUUCCUUGCAGACCUUGCAUGCUUACAUAUGAUUUGGUUGCCGGUACACAUCCACACACGCGCCUGGACUGCCAAUAGGGUAUUUAUCAGUAAACUCUUCUGCUUCAUGAUUUUAAAAGCGCUGGGCCGCACCUGUACGCUUGUAUCCUAAGCUUACCGUGCAACAACUGCAACUGAAGUCCUAAGUACGCCUAUUGGUACCCCUUGGUACGGUGUAGCGUUCACAUGACCCCUGGAUUAGCAUGGAAGCUAAAGCAUGGAGUACAUGGACAUCUCGCCGUGCUCCGGUGUUAACCUUGGCGUGGCGCAGGGACGCAGCAGGGAACGCAUGGCUGCUGUGGGGGUGGGUGCACCGGUCGCAAGUCUAAGGGGCAAAUGAAGUGUAUGGAGUACAGAGCCUGGGAUCUUGAUAAUUGCAUGCGGAUUUGUGACAUGGGGGCGAGGUGCAUGUGGGUGCGCCCAAAAUUGCGUCAGUGAUCAGAGUUACAGGGAGGGAAGGGAGCUAUGUUAACAAACAAUGACGUGCCAAUUGCCUGGUUGUCAUGAGGCAGUACUGGUAUGGACAAUGGCAUCAUGAACGCAUGGCUGCCGCCCCCUGCUUCCGCUGCUCCUGCUCCGCCGCUGCUCGCCCCAACUAAGUGGCGAUGUACAUGUCCGUUGUGCUGGUAAAUUGGAUGGAAGUGAGCUUGGGGUGGCGGGUCCGCAGCUCACCCGUUUCCCUGGGGUGGGGUGGGGGGAGGAGAGGUGGAAUUAGUUGGACUUGAAGGUGUUAUGUCUUAGGAAGGAAAGGCUGGGGGAUGGGAAGGAAGAAAUGAUGGAGGAUAAGGCAGGUUUCCCUUGUCUUCCCGCUACCAGUAUCCAAACAGACGUUACACCCAUUGUGGUACUUUCCGCUCUGCCUGCGCCGCCCAAACUGUCAUGGACUCCACAAGUACCAUAAACACACCCAGCACCCCGUCCG